AUGUUGGAAGGGGAUGCUCAGCACUGUUGGCAGGGCAUUCAACGUUUAUUGCAGCAAGAUGAGGGUAAUAUUUUGUGGGAUGUUUUCAAAGAAGAGUUCUAUAAGAAGUACUUUCCUAGAGUUACUCGUGAGGCAAAGGAGAUGGAGUUGAUGCAGUUGAAACAGGGAAGUAUGUCCGUUGUUGAGUAUACAAGGAAGUUUGAAGAUUUAUGUUGUUUUUCCAAGGUUUGUCAAGGGAAUCCAGCAGAUUUCGAAGAGUGGAAAUGUUUGAAAUUUGAAGGGGGACUCCGUGAAGAUUUGUUGAACUCAGUGGUUCCAUUGGAAAUACAGAAUUUUGCGGAUUUGGUUAAUAAGAGUCAGCUAGUAGAGGACUGUGCUAAGAAGAUAGCUGCAGCUCGGAUGAAUCACCCAGGAUCUUCUUUUCAGAAUUAUAAUCGGUAUACAGCUCCUCAGGGAAGGAAUUUUAAGCAGGGAGCAAUGCCUUUACGAAGGUACAAUCAGAAUAGAAAUGUUCAUGCACGUCCUACAGGAGGGAAUGGAGGAAGAAUGAGACAGGAUAUGGGUAAGCGACCUCAGCAGGCGCAGAUGCGACCAGUAUGUAGGCAGUGCGGAAAGGAGCAUGGAGGUAGACCUUGUCAUCUUACAGGCGUUAUCUGUUUUUCUUGUGGUCAGCCUGGACAUAUGGCUAAGGAUUAUCCGAAGAAGCCAGUACAAGGAAUAGAUAGGCCGCGACAGCAAGGACGUGUGUUUGCUAUGACUGCUGAUGACGCAAUGAAAUUAGACUCCCUAAUUCAAGGUCAGUGUUAUGUCAAAUCUCGACUCUUAACUGUACUGUAUGACUCUGGUGCAUCACAUUCAUUUAUUUCUGAGACUGUUGCGCAUGAGUUGGGAUUAGAUUUCACCAUGUUAGAUUAUAAUCUAAUUGUUCGUACACCCACAUCUCAAAAUGCCUUGAGUAGUCAAGUAUGUCAACAGGUGCCUUUUGUUAUUGAGGCUAGGACUUUUAUACAUGACCUGGUUUGUUUACCUUUGUGUGGUUUAGAUAUUAUCUUAGGUCUAGAUUGGUUGUCCAAGCAUCAUGUUUUCCUUGGUUGUUUUAAACGAAUUGCUACAUUUCCAUCAUCUGAAAUGCACACUGAACCAGUUGAGUCUUGUACUUUCUAUUUGAAUUCCUAA